GUCAUUUUCCUGCGACGUUGCGGAAGUAACACGCCUCCCGAGCCAAAAUGGAGCUGAGGCGAAGUGGAGCAAGAGAAGAAAGUGAUGUCGGUUGAACGACGGCGCUAGCGUUGGACGGACCCAAUAAAAAAAAACCGGUGGUCAUGGCGCAGAAAAGGGGCGCAUGCACAUGGAAGAGACACAUCUGCGAGCAACUGAAGCUUCGAGACCGAGUGCAGCAACACGGCUUUGAGGAGAUUAUUCACCAGUACAACCGUCUGCUGGAAAAGUCGGACCUGCAGGCUGUUCUUUCAGAGCGCUAUCAGGUUGACAAGUAUGAAGCCACACGAGGACAUGAAGCAACCGGCGGGGCAGACACCAGUCGCAGCGAUGCGCUACAGCAGGAAAUGGCAGAGAUGAGAAUACGCCACCAGGAGGAGCUGACGGAGCUGCACAAAAAACGCGGAGAGCUGGCCCAGACGGUGAUUGAGCUCAACAACCAGAUCCAACAGAAAGACAAAGAGAUCCAGAACAACGAGGCCAAGAUGCAGGAGUACCAGCAGCAGAUCGCCAACCUGGAGGGAGACUGUCGAGAUCUUAGGAACUGCUUGCAGGAUCUGGAACGAGCCAAUCAGACUCUGAAGGACGAGUAUGACGCACUGCAGAUCACCUUCAGCGCCCUGGAGGAGAAGCUGAGGAAAACCACAGAAGACAACCAAGAGCUGGUCUCCCGCUGGAUGGCUGAGAAGGCUCAAGAGGCAAACCGGCUUAACUCCGAAAACGAAAAGGACAGCAGACGCAGACAAGCCAAACUGCAGAAGGAGCUGGCUGAUGCCGCCAAAGAACCGCUACCGAUCGACCUGGAUGAUGACAUUGAAGUUCUUGCAGAAGAUUCUGGGAAGGGAGGUGGCGAGCCGGCACACAACCGAGCGCUUGGCAGAACCCCCAGUAAGAAAAUCUCCCAACCUCCCCCUGGUGGUCUGCUGGACUCCAUCUCCAACAUCUUCGGACGUCGAGGUGCAAACUCCUUGGGUACUUCUCCAGAAAACCCAGAAGCGCCAUUGGGGGCCUGCGCGGAGGUCCGAGUCCCGUCCACCGCACUGCACGUGUUUGAAGCUCACGACGGUGAGGUGAACGCCGUCAAGUUCAGCCCCGGCUCACGUCUCCUAGCAACAGGAGGGAUGGAUCGCAGGGUGAAGCUGUGGGAAGUGGUCUCGGGUCGCUGUGAGCCCAAAGGAGCUUUGACCGGCAGCAACGCUGGAAUCACCAGCAUUGAAUUUGACAGCGCAGGCUCGUACCUGUUGGCCGCCUCAAACGACUUUGCCAGCCGCAUCUGGACUUUGGAGGACUACAGAUUGAGGCACACCCUGACUGGACACAGUGGGAAGGUUCUGGCCGCUCGUUUCCUGUUGGACAACGCUCGCAUCGUCUCUGGAAGCUACGACCGCACACUCAAACUCUGGGACCUCCGCAGCAAAGUCUGCAUGAAGACGGUCUUCACCGGGUCCAGCUGUAACGACAUUGUGUGCACCGAGCAGUGCGUCAUGAGCGGACAUUUCGACAAGAAGGUCCGCUUCUGGGACAUCAGGGCAGAGAGCAUCGUGCAGGAGCUGGAGCUUCAGGGCAGAGUGACCUCUUUGGACCUGAACCACGACCGUAUGGACCUGCUGACGUGCUCCAGGGACGACCUGGUGAAGAUUGUGGACCUGCGCACCAAUGCUGUGAGACAGACAUUCAGCGCUCAGGGCUUCAAGUGCGGUGCGGACUGGACCCGAGUAACCUUCAGUCCUGAUGGGAACUAUGUGGCCGGAGGGUCUGCAGACGGAGCACUUUACAUCUGGAAUGUUCUCACAGGGAAGGUGGACAGAACCCUGGACCGCAACCACAACUCAGCCAUCAACUCUGUGUCAUGGUCGCCAUCAGGCGUGUACGUGAGCAGCGUGGAGAAAGGCAGCAAGGCCAUCUUGUGGUCCGACAUGUGACUGAAGGCCGUGGCGUGCUCAAAGUGGACCAAAACACUGCAGCUUUUCUCCCGCCUUCACGCCAGUGCCACGCGCCAGAUGUUUAUUUUUUCAUGUCUUGCUCGGAGCGCCGAAAGGCCGAGCGUGAACGGACGUCAGCGGUCGGCCUGCUGAGUCGGAGCGAUUUUGAGACUUAUCAGCUCAGCGCUCGCGUCGGGUCGGCACGUGCUUAGCGACCUGCGUGUACAUAAAGGUGACGCACAGUCGCUGUGAAGAACACUGUUCAGGCGCCACAUCCUGUAGGAAAAGACUGUGAAUGUCUGAAAUCUAAAUAUGUUGACUUUGUACACAAAGUGAAUAAACGUGUCAAGGAACCUCGCUAA